CAUAGUGUCCUUUGAAACACAAAAGUUUUUAAUCUUGAUAAGGUCCAAUUAUUUUUUCUUUUGUUGCUUAUGCCUUUGAUGUCUUAUCUAUAAGAAUCCAUGGCCAAAUCCAAGAUGAUGAAGGUUUAUUUCUGUGUUUUUUCCUGAGAAUUUCAUAGUUUUAGCUCUUAACUUGGGUCUUUGAUUUGAGUUAAUUCUUAUAUAUGGUGUAUGAUCAGCAACUAUACCAUUUAACAUCCUUUUCAGCAGUGCACAUGGGUUCCAAUUUCUCCACAUCCUUUCCAACACUUGUUAUUUUCUGUUGUUGUUGUUGUUUUUUAAUUGUAGCCAUUUGAAUGGGUGGUAGCUCAUUGUGAUUUCUAUUUGCAUGUUCUGAGUGAUUAGUGCUAUUGAAAGUCUUUUCAUGUGCCUAUUGGCCAUUUGUAUAUCUUCUUUGGAGAAAUGUCUAUACAAGUCCUUUGCCUAUUUUUAAUUGGGUUGUUAAUUUGUUACUGAAUUGUAGGAGUUCUUUAUGCUGGAUAUCAAUAUUUAGGAGAUACAUGAUUUGCAAAUAUUUAUUCCUAUUGUGUAGAUUGCCUUUUCACUCCAUUAAUAGUGUCCUUUGUUGAACAAAAGAUUUUAAUCUUGAUGAAUUCCAGCUUAUCUAUUCUUUCUUUUGUUGCCUGCACUUUUGGUGUCAUAUCUGAGCAAUCAUUGCCGAUUUCUAAACACUCAGCCUGGUGGUGUUUAAACUACUCAGUGAAUGAUUUAAAGAACUGAAGUUAUUUCUAUUCUAUAAUUUACUGUUAUAAUUAUGGAAGAUUUCAUAAUCAUCCAUUCAAUCCCGAACUUCUCCUGAAUCUUUAUUUUCCUGAUUACUGCCAAAUGCAUUCAAUUAUAAAUUGAAAGCAUGGAAAUAGCACAAUUUAUUAUGAUACAGUUUUUCCCCAUGAGGAAUAGUGAUCAGAAUUAUUGCCAAGUGACUUUAUUAGGAAAAGAAAAUUCUUAACUGAUUAAAGGCUAUGGAUAUUGUAUAUCAACUAUUAAAUGGGUUUUCAACUUUUCUCCUUCAUUUUUUAAAAACACUGAAUUUCACUUCAGCACAUAUAAUAAAGUUCUAAAACUUCCAAGACAUUUUGCAUGCUGGAAGGGUUCCUUGUGAUUAUAAUAUUCAUUUGAAAUUCAAAUAACUCCUUGGAAUUUGAAGCUAGCUAGAAGUCAUGUACUGUAAAAAAAAAAAAAAAAAAAAAAAAAAAAGGAGGGCAAAGAUCCCUGAUACUGUUGCUAAUUUAUACUGCUACAAGAUGUGACACCUUUGAACCUAGAUAGGAGCAGCAAAUGUAUCUUUUGAAGUCAUCAAAUAAUACAUGCACUCUCUAUAGUAAAUUUCUUGGGCAAUGUGUAAGAACUUAUUUUUAAAUCUCUUUUUAGUUCUUGUUUUAAAUCAUUAUAUACUUUUUCCAGCCAGUGUUUUUCAAGAGCCCUGAAUUUUGUAAAGUAGAUGGUGUAGACGAUCCAAUAGAAGCCUAAGACAUGGUCCUUUUCCCUCAAUUUGCCAUCCAUCCAUAGAACGUAAUGAUGCACAUGACAACGUAAAAGAAGAAAUAAAAGCACUUACCAUUUAGAGUCUGAGAAAGUAAGGAUGGGCUGCGGUGAUGUGAACGGGUCUCAGAGAGGCAGACCUCAGCAGGCCAGGAGGGUGAAGUAGACCAGAAUGGGCUGAGGAAGGACACUGUUCUCUCUAGACAAGAGGGGAGACAAAGUGUGACAGACUGGAGAACAUCGAGCGCCAGAUUCACCUUUUGGGAGUUUUGCUAGCCAUUUUAGGAAAUUUGGUAAUGAGUAUUUCCCUAAAUAUUCAGAAAUAUUCUCAUGUCCAGCUGGCGCACCAGGAACACCCAAGGCCCUACUUCAAGAGCAUGUUGUGGUGGGCUGGGGCCGCUCUCAUGGCCGUGGGGGAAAUGGGCAACUUUGCAGCCUACGGAUUUGCUCCCAUUACUCUCAUCGCACCAUUAGGCUGUGUGUCUGUUACAGGGAGCAUUACGAAGCUCAACACCAGGUCACAUACCUACCGCUGGAACUGGCACCCUCCCCCACAUCUAGACUUGGUUCAGCUGACGCCACCAGAAUCUUGCUUGGCCUUUAUCUGUUUUCGUCUGGAAACCAGAAUCAGAAUUCCUACAUGUAGUGCCAUUAUUUCUGUUAUGUUUCUGAAAGAAAACUUAAGAGCUUCAGAUUUACUAGGUAUGACAUUGGCAUUUGCGGGAACAUACUUAUUGGUGAACUUUGCUCCAAAUAGAAGUCAGUCUAUCUCUGCAAGAAUGGUACAGUAUUACUUUGUUGGCUGGCAGUUCCUGAUCUAUGUGAUUUUAGAAAUAUUAAUUUUCUGCACUCUGCUAUAUUUCCAUAAGAGAAAGGGAAUGAAGCACAUGGUGAUACUGUUAACCCUGGUGGCACUUCUCGCCUCGCUGACUGUUAUCUCGGUAAAAGCAGUCUCAGGCAUGAUCACUUUUUCUGUGACAGAUAAAAUGCAACUAACUUAUCCCAUCUUCUAUAUCAUGUUUAUCAUCAUGAUCGCAUCUUGUGUUUUCCAAGUCAAGUUCCUGAAUCAAGCCACGAAACUCUAUGCUACGACGAUGGUGGUGCCGGUCAACCAUGUUUUUUUUACGACCAGUGCCGUUAUUGCAGGUAUCAUAUUUUAUCAGGAGUUCCUUGGCGCAGCUUUUCUAACUAUAUUUAUAUAUUUUUUUGGGUGUUUUCUGUCAUUCCUUGGUGUGCUUUUGGUCACAAGAAAUCGAGAAAAGGAACAUCUGCCACAAUCUUACAUUGAUUUUGGAAAUAUUCCUGGGAAACAAAUGUUGGACAAAAUACAACCAGAUCCAAAUGGCUUAUCCUAUGGAACUUUGCCUGAUGGAAGUGACUCAACAAAGAGCCAAAGUGGAGAGAAGAAAGAGGUCUAAGCAGCCGAGAGGGAACGGCUGCUGGCCUGUUAUUCGAUACCACCUUUAAAAAACCUCCCUUUGUGUCCGCAGCUAGUUUGUGCUGACAGCAUUCCACGGCCCUUUAACAGCAGGGCCUUCCUAAGCUUUGACAGUCUCGUGUCCUCACGAAAUGUAAUUUGAAGUGUUCCCCACACCCUGGACGUCCCCCUCGUGAACAUCGAACCGGCUAGAACUUAAUGAGAGCCUUGCUCCCCAAGCAGGACUGUCACACAAAAAUGUGCAUUCACGAUUUGGCCACAGAACACACAGGCCGCCCUUCCCACACAACUUCGAGCGUCAGCUGCUUUGUUUCAGAGAGACGUGUUCACCCCCCAACCUCACUCCUGGACCAAAAGUUUGAGAGCAGUCAUUCUCCUACGAUGUCUUUUAUGAGCCUCCCCCGUAAGGAUAUCACCUUUCCAGUCCUGAGUUAGAACAGUGAAUCAUCUUUUUUUUUUCUGAAAAUGAGCCCUAUUCUAACUGUCCUUUGGAAAAUUAAGGGUAUCUUUAAAAUGAGAGUCUGUAAGUGGCAUUCUGUGAUGGUGUAUACCUUGGCUGGUGAACUUUUUCAGAUAAAGCAAUUUAAGAAUUAAGACCAAUUUUUCAAAAACUAUAGAAUGAUGGACAUUUUCUUCAGCUAUGUGAUCCGAUUAUACUUGAGUUGAAACUGAAAACUUCAUAUCCUAUGCUGGUAUUCGUAUCGUUCUCAUGACUUACCUAGUGGAUUUGUUACAUGUUUUAACUGUAGACACAAGUCUCAAAAAUUGUAUUUAAAUUCUUAGUGUUAUUUUCACUAGCACACCAUUUCCUCCCCCAAGUUAUUAUCUCAAGCUUUAUAAAUUCUUCUAGGCAAGAGUAGAGCUGUGAGUAGAGAAUUGGAUUUUAGCCAUUUAAAUCUGUAGACAUAGCAGGUGACCCAACCUGAGUCUAGAGAGGAAGGUUAUGUGCUCCUGGACCUGAAUGGCUUUUCUGCUGCGACUAGUCACAGAUCUACUAAGAUUCAUUUGCAGAUAGAGUCCAUAAUCACAUGUGUUAUUAAUGAUCUACUAAUAUAUUUAAAUGACAAGAAGAGAGCUAGCCUUCAUUGUAAGCAACAUCAGGUAAGAAGCCCUAUCCUGAGUGAUACUCCAUAAGCUUCCGGUCACUUCUGACAUGUCAUUCCAAGGUUGUUCCAGCCAGUUGUCUUGCAUUUGUAAAGGUGGUAUAACUCAGAGCUAUUGAGACUGCAAUCUUAACUGCUUUGGGUCUUUUAGCUUUGUUCUUUGUCAUAACCUAUACUCCUGGCCAAACCUGGCCACAAAGGCAAGAUUCGAAUCCAUCACCAGUGUAUGAAUAAUAACCUAGAGCUUGUGUCUGGCUUUUGAACUCCCAGUAAGAAUUCCUGCUAUUGUGGAAAGUA